AUGCAUCCGAGGAGGCGGCAGCGAGAGCUUCGGCAUCGUGCUGUCCUGGAAGGUGAAGCUCUCGUGCCCGUCCCGCCCAAAGUCACCAUGUUCAAGCUCACAAAGAUGGUCAACGAGAGCGUCGUACACAUCCUCACCAAAUGGCGGGUAGUCGCGCCAGCUCUCCCCAAAAACCUCUUCAUACGGGUGGUCGUGCAGAAGGACGCAACCGAGUUCCAGUCCAUGUACCUCGGCACGUGUGACGCGCUCCUGCCAUUGAUGGGAAGCCGCUUCCUGGAGCUCGGCCUAAACCGGACGCACUGCAACGAGAUGACCUGGAUCCAGUCUGUGCCCUACAUCUACCUGGGCAGCACCGCCACCGUGGAGGACAUCCUCAAUAGAACCACCUCAGAUGGCUUCCGCAAGGCCACGUCUGACUACGUCCGCCAGCCCAUCCCCAAGGACGGCUGGGUCAAGAUUUUCGACUUCCUGGCACAGCCCAACGCCGGAAUCAUGAUCGUUGACCCCUACGGCGGGAAGAUCAGCGCCUUCCCGAAAUCGGCAACUCCCUUCCCUCACUGUGGCGGCGUGCUAUUAAACAUCCAGUACAUGAACUUCUGGUCGGCCACCGCAGACGGUUGGGCGCAGAUCAAGUGGCUCAAAGACUUCUACGCGUUCGUGAGCAGCAACCCGAGGCAGGCGUAUGUGAACUACAUGGACCUUGACCUCGGUCAAAAUGUCGUCGUGGGCAACAUCACCAGCUACGAAUCUGCCAAGGUUUGGGGGGAGAAGUACUACAAGGAUAACUUCAAGAGGCUCGCGUUUGCCAAGGGCAAGGUUGAUCCCAACGACUACUUCAGAAACGAACAGAGCAUCCCAACACUAGUGGCGAGAAAGUAGAUGGCAUGCGGGCACAAUAUAUAUAUGCGCGGAGGAAUGGUUUUAUAUCGGUAUAUGUUUAGAUGAGUGUUUUUACAUUGUGUUUUAUUAUUUAUGUGCUCGUGUAAUAUCGUGUACCAAGAAUAAUAAGCAGUGAAGAAAGGAAUAACAGGAUCAUGAUCAACCUUGUUGUUGUCCGGGCUGCCACGAACGAAUCUCGGCAGCUCAACGCGGCGCUUAUGUGCCGACGCCAGGAUGAAAAUCCAGGUCGAUCGCCAGUUG